GGGAGCAGCAGUGGCACGAGCGCGAACCAACAGACAUGGUAGACAUCGAUGACUGUUUGGCUUAUCAACACGUCCAGAUCUGCUGUGAUCAUGCGCGUGGCUGUCAGCGCCUCUUUUUGCUCCCCACCACUUUGAGUCUGUGCGUCUUUGCCUUUGGGGGGCUCAGUGCGCGCUCUGGUCUGAUCGGAUCUACUAAACGGACUGCUCUGAAGAUUUUAACUCCGAUUUUGGCCCUUACAAUGGAAGACUUUAAGAUUCCCGACCGAUUUUUUCACAAGUCUUCAUUCAGCGUCGGCAGCCUGUGGAGACGAGAGGGGCUGCAGGAGUCCCCUCCACCCUCUCAGGAGCCAGGACAAGCACAUCCAAAGAAAGGCUGUAAAGAGGGAACUGAGAGGGACUGUGAAAACCAGAAACAGCACACUGGAGUGAAGAUAAAUCAAGAUAAAUUAAAUGUGAAAAAAGGAGAGUCUAAGAGCGCAGAAGGAGUUGAAGCAGAGAAACCUCCGUUCAGUUAUAACGCGCUCAUCAUGAUGGCGAUCCGCCAGAGCCCGGAGCGCAGACUCACCCUGAACGGGAUCUAUGAGUUCAUCAUGUACAACUUCCCCUACUACCGUCAGAACAGACAGGGCUGGCAGAAUUCAAUCAGACAUAACCUCAGUCUGAACAAGUGCUUCGUUAAAGUCCCGCGCCACUAUGACGACCCGGGUAAGGGGAACUACUGGAUGCUGGACCCCUGCAGUGAGGACGUCUUCAUAGGGGGCACAUCAGGCAAGCUGCGGCGCAGGGCCACAGCUGGCUCCGGGGCCAAACUUGGACUAAGAAGAGGAGGGGGUCGUCUGAUGUCCCCCAGCGCCGUCACAGGCGUCACCUUGGCCGCAGCGAGCUCCUUUUACUGGCCGGUGCCGCCGUUUCUGCCUCUCCAAACACCGGUGCACACAAACCUGGGCACGAGCUCUUAUCUCAGUGCCCCCACGCGCCUUCAUCACCACGCCACAUCCGUGGUUUCACAGCGAUCUCGAUGGAGCGCAACAAGUGCUGCAGCCGCGGACAGGGUGGUGCAGAUGCACCAGGAGAUGUCUUACAUCGGAGUGAGCUGUCCGCAUCAGAGCGGCGCUUUCCCAGCAUCCAUCCCUGCACACAGCCUGCCUCUGACCGAGCCGGGACCCUUUGGCGUGAUUUCAGGACAAGCCGGUUACUUUUACUCUCAUCAAAUACCCGCAACCUUUACUGCGUCCCAAGAUGAGUGCGCCACAUCCAAGACGGCCCCGGGGCCAUUUCUACCCAAGAACAGUCUCCUGGAGUCAGCGGGCUGCUGUCAUGAAAUGUCCAGUCACUGUCCUCAGGUUAGGCCAGGCACGAGACUGGGAAUUUAGAACUAUAGAGCACUCAUAUUUAGAGGCUACCGAUAAAUCACAACAUGGAAAUGAAUUCAUUUCAAUAUUGAUGUAAAAUACUGCAUAAUAAAGACCGAGAAUCCAAGGCCCACUGA